AUGGUAGAAACUCCACAGUCCAACUCCACCUUCCUAUAUCCAACCUUUUUCUUGCUGACUGGUAUUCCAGGGUUAGGGGGAGCCCAAGCCUGGCUGACAAUGGUGUUUGGGCCCAUGUACCUGCUGGCCCUGCUGGGUAAUGGAGCACUGCUGGCAGUGAUACAGAUAGACUCCACACUGCACCAGCCCAUGUUUUUACUCCUGGCCACACUGGCAGCCACAGACCUGGGCUUAGCUACAUCCAUAGCCCCCGGUUUGCUGGCUGUGCUGUGGUUUGGGCCCCAACCUGUGCCAUACACUGCCUGCCUGGUUCAGAUGUUCUUUGUACAUGCACUGACUGCUGUGGAAUCUGGUGUACUUUUGGCUAUGGCCUGUGAUCGAGCUGUGGCAGUAGGGCGUCCACUGCACUACUCUAUCUUAGUCACCAAAGCCCGUGUGGGUUAUGCAGCCUUGGCACUUAUACUGAAAGCUGUAGCUAUUGUUGUGCCUUUCCCUCUGCUGGUGGCACAAUUUGAGCACUUCCAUGCCAAGACCAUACACCAUGCCUACUGUGCACACAUGGCAGUAGUAGAGUUGGUGGUAGGUAACACACGAGUCAACAACCUGUAUGGGCUGGCACUUUCACUGGCUGUGUCAGGUGUGGAUAUUCUAGGCAUCUCUGGUUCCUAUGGGCUCAUUGCCCACACAGUGCUGCGGCUGCCUACUCGGGAGGCCCGUGCCAAGGCCUUUGGUACAUGUAGUUCUCACAUCUGUGUCAUUCUGGCCUUCUAUGUGCCUGGUCUUUUUUCCUAUCUCACACAUCGCUUUGGCCAUCACACUGUCCCAAAGCCUGUGCACAUCCUUUUCUCCAACAUCUACUUGCUGCUGCCACCUGCCCUAAAUCCCCUCAUCUAUGGAGCCCGCACCAAACAGAUCAGGGACCGACUCCUUGAAACUUUUACAUUCAAGAAAAGCCAGUUUUAG